UGCCGGAUUGGCGAAAGUCCUUUGGGAGUCUGACGAGUCGGUCUUUUCGGUGGAUCUCCUUUUUCCGUGUGAGGGUCCCAGACUUAAUUAAAACUCGCGUACACGCCGCGUGUCAACAAGUUUAUUUCCUGCAUAAGCAGCUCAGAGCGGCUUACGAAGACAUCAAACAAACGGCUUAAGGCCUUUAAAAAAAUCACCAUUCAGCAUAAUUUUACUGGAUAAACAGUUGAAUUCGCAGGAAAGUUUUACGUCCAAUUGGCGCCACUCCACAAUCGCAGUUGGUAAACUUUGGGUCCGCCCGAUGAUAAAUUGUUAAGGAACUUUUCCCAAAGAGUUUUCCUUUUCGGCAGCAAGUGGCAAUUGAAACGACAAUUUCGCAAUCAGAUAACAUUUAAGUUUCGGGAAAGUUACAAUGCCGCUCUGGUAAUCCAAAUAAAAGCCGAGCCGAGCUAAAGUAAAUAGAUUCAGUAUCCUCUGCGAUUUGAAAAGACUGCACAAUAAAUCCAAAAGCCAUCCCCUGGCCGAGGGCUAAUUGGUUGUGUCUGUGCACAUUGAAAAUGCUUCGUGACCGCCGCGUCCGCCAUGAUGCACUACCAAUGAGGACAGCCGGGGAGCUGCAACACGAGGCAGCAUUGCCAAAUGCGGUAAUUGGAGCGCCGACAAGUAAAUAAGCGCAAUCCCAGCGUCCAAGCGGAACUCACCUCUGAGGCACAUCGGGCACACGCAACCUGUCACGUCCCGGCUCCAGUUUGAGUUUGGAGAAGCCCGUACAUUUGGCAAAAGGCGAACCGCACGCCAUGGUCAUGGAGGCCCUCAUGGCAGCCCUGCCCACGCUGACGACGGAGGCAGCUGGCAGCAGCCUCUGGCUCACCAGUGCGCUGUCCCUUUCCGAGAUGCUGGCCAACAGUAGCACCAGCCCCAACGCAUCUCUGGUUGCCACCACCAGCUCUGCGGCCGCAGCGACGGCAUCCACAACUUCCGCAGCGGAAGCUGUGGGAAAGGUCCCAGACAAGCACGAGGUGAAUGACAAUGUAUCUACGGUACUGAGUUCAUAUCCCGGCUAUAUACACUAUCGCGACAAGUACGACCUCAGCUACAUUGCCAGAGUGAACCCGUUCUGGCUGCAAUUCGAGCCGCCGAAAUCCAGCACGUUCUACCUCAUGGCCGCCCUCUACUGCCUCAUCUCGGUGGUGGGAUGCGUGGGGAAUGCGUUCGUCAUCUUCAUGUUCGCGAACCGCAAGUCGCUGCGGACGCCGGCCAACAUUCUGGUGAUGAAUCUGGCCAUUUGCGACUUUCUAAUGCUCGUCAAGUGUCCCAUUGCAAUAUACAACAACAUCAAGGAGGGGCCGGCGCUGGGCGAUGCAGCCUGUCGCAUCUAUGGAUUUGUGGGCGGCCUAAGUGGCACCUGCGCCAUCGGGACACUAACGGCCAUCGCCCUGGAUCGGUACAAUGUCGUGGUACAUCCGCUCCAGCCCUUGCGCCGCUGCUCGCGACUUCGCUCCUACCUGAUCAUCUUCCUCAUCUGGUCCUACAGCUUCCUCUUUGCGGUGAUGCCCGCCCUGGACAUCGGGCUUUCCGUUUACGUGCCGGAGGGAUUCCUGACCACCUGCAGCUUCGAUUAUCUGAACAAGGAGACCCCUGCGCGCAUCUUCAUGGCCCUCUUCUUUGUGGCCGCAUACUGCGUUCCCCUCACCACCAUCGUGUACUCGUACUUCUACAUCCUCAAGGUGGUGUUCACGGCGAGCCGCAUCCAGUCGAACAAGGACAAGGCCAAGACGGAGCAGAAGCUGGCAUUCAUCGUGGCUGCCAUCAUCGGCCUGUGGUUCUUGGCCUGGUCGCCCUACGCAAUCGUGGCCAUGAUGGGGGUCUUCGGCCAGGAGCGGCACAUCACGCCCCUGGGCUCCAUGAUACCGGCACUCUUCUGCAAGACAGCCGCCUGCGUGGACCCGUACUUGUAUGCCGCCACGCAUCCCCGAUUCCGCGUCGAGGUCCGCAUGCUCUUCUUUGGACGCGGCGUCCUGAGGAGGGUUUCCACCACACGAUCCUCAUACAUGACCCGCUCAAGGUCCUCGUUCAACCGACGACUGCGUCCAACCCCCGACGCGGAACACCGGGUGGAGUCCUACCUAAUGAACAACAACCUGAUGAUGGUGCCCGAGGAGACGGAGGAGAACGAGGAAAUUGUCGUUGUGGCUGAGUUUAACAACUCCUCGUACAGCGGCAUGGAGCAGAGUAAGUUCUAAAAGGUAAGAGCAAGUCGCACCACUGAAAGAGCAGAUGACGAUCUGCCAACCUGGAACUGGAAGACACAUACAUAGAUAUGAGUGGCGUUGUGGCGCAAUCUGUUUAACAUCGAAUCCUCGGAAUCCUCAGUCAUAGGGGAAAUUUGUCAUGCAUACUCGAACACACACUGGGGACCCGAAACGAAUGCGCAAUGUGAAUCUCUAUGCCACAAAGAAGAGCCAACUGCUUUGUUCGGUCACUGCAAUGGAUGCCAUGCCGCCGAGGGACUCCCACAUCGCGCCCCAUAAUGAAAGCGAACGAAAAAUGAAACGGAAAUGAAAAUGGAACUGGAACUCUUGGCCAUUGUGCUGUGUGUUAUGAAAUCCCUCUUCCUUCUCAAGGAGGAGAAGCCAUAGCCAUAACGAUAGCGACAGCGACAGCGAUAGCGAUAGCGACAGCGACAGCAACUGAAGAAAGUGAUAGCAAAACAAACUCGUAUUUAAUGAGCUUACGGAAUGUUUUGAGGGAAUCCGAGUACAAUAGUCGAAGUACAGCAUGUGCAAUAGGAACUGGUAAUUAUGUAAGUCUAGGGAAUUAAGUGGUAGGCAUAAGCAAAGGCAACAUUAGUACAAAGAGCGAUUCGAUUGGGAGUCGCAGAGGCCGAGCCUGUGACAGUGGCCGUGGCAGUGGCAGUGGCCAUGGCCCGCCGGGCAAUGCGAUGGAAAUACGACACAUAAUAUCAGGGAAAAUCAUACAUUGAAUCUGGAUAAUUGGGCAAGCCGGACGCACGUCUGGCAUUAGCAACUAGGGGAAAUUUCGGGGGACAGCGACAGGAUGAUAUUAAAAGGAUUUUCAGAUUGUUUUUGUGUUCGGCCACUAUUUGAGGGGUGCACAAUCAGCCUGAUUGCGACCCAUUUCAAUUGCAUUGUGAUGGCAGCUUAGUUGUGCAUUAGAGCUUUCAAUUAUUCAAGGGAAGCCACAGAUACAUUUUCAAUUUCGCAAAGUAAAUUAAUUUAAUUGCUUUUAUGUCUUGAUGUCUACUCCUGUGGCCCCGUGUACCUUAUAGAUAUAGUGGGAUCUGAUCUGUAUGUUUGUAUGUAUAUCGUAAUCACUCUACCUAACUAAGCGAACGACUCUGAUAAAGUCAACGAGUACUUGUACCUGUCACGACGAUAGAACAUAGAAAAGGAACUAAGCAACCUAUAUAUCGAAUUUAUACCCCAUAAAUGUACUACUCUAUCUGUGUAUCACUUUUUUUUUGUAUGUAUGUAUGUAUGUAUGUGUGUGUGUAAGAAUAUGUACUAUGUCCAUGUAUUUAGGGACAGUACAAUUACAAUGGGCCGGAGAACAAUGACGGAACAGAAGAUGAACCAGUCGCCAAGCAUUUUAAUUACGAGAAUACAAAUUUAAGCCAUUGUUGGGCAAACCUGUGUACUGUUUCCUUCGAAAUGGUGGAGAACAAUAGGCACGGACACAAGCACGGAUACAGUGGCACUGGCACGGGCACCGGCACGGCCACGGGCACGGGCAUGGGCAUGGGCUCAGGUCCAGUAACUCGUACCGUGUUGGUUGUAAUGGUCCUCAAAACAGAAUUGCAGAGAGUACCUGGCCAACAACGUGAAAGGGAAACAGAGCAAAGGGAAAACAAUUUAAUUAGCAUAUUUAAAAUGCACUUUGACAGCAGUUUAUUUUUGUGUGUGCAAGCGCUUGUAUCCAAAUUAGUUCAAUUCCGUAAUUGUUUAAUAAACAUGUUUUGUAUUUACGGCAAUGUUGAACCAAAGAACCUUCAAUAAA